UUUUUGCAUGUACUUCAACACCAUUGAUGAUCAUAUAAACAUACAGCAUAUAUACAAGGAGCUGUAUCUGCAACCAAAACUUCUAUUUUAACAGAGGUUACUUGUAAAUGUCAUCAGCUGAGUGACUGUGUUGAUAGAUAGAUGUGCUGUAAUGGUAGCAGGAAUAUUGCUGUUUAUAAAGGACAUAUUUUUUUCCAGGCAUAUCAUCACAAUAAAUCUGCAAUGGAGUUAUAAUUAUUAUAACAAGAAAUAUCUUUGGUAGUGAAGUACAAAAGCCUGGCCCAGCACACAGGAUUAGAAAACACAAGGGUAUAUUCACCUGAAAAUGAUUUGAUGAAGAAAAAUAAUUGACUAAGAUGACAAUCACAGAUCCAACCAAUAUAUUGGAGUCUGCUGUGUAUCAAACUGCUAAACUGAAUUCCAUCUAUAUUCACAUAAAGCUCUACUCUUGCUAUAAACAAUGUGAUUCCAAAUAUAUCAGUGCACUGGAGGAUUCCUGGAACAACCAAAACGAGCACAGUCAUUUGUUUGAUGCUGCAUCUCUACACAAGCCCGAAUAUAACAAAAUCAAUAUGGAGUACCAUUGGAUAAGGGAUGACAGAUUUAUCGCCAACCCAGAUGAUGCCUGGAAUGUGUUAGCACAACAUAAAAGACACAAACUGCACCGUUUUUCAUCCCCAGAUCUUUAUAACUUGCAAGUAACCCCUCAAGUUCUAACUGCUGAAAUGGCUGGUGAGGUUGCACUUAGAAGAAGAACAAGAUCAAGAAGUGCCUCACGAGUCCAGACCAACUUUAUUCCUUUAAUAACUGAUUCUUCCCCUCCUGCAGUAAGAAGGAAUCAAAGAUCUCCAAAACAUUCUCAGUGCAGGCAAGAGUUUUCUGCCAGAGACACCUUCUAUGGACCAACUUAUACUGUCCUUAAUGAGGUACAUCCCAUCAAACUGCAACCACAGAGGACUGAUACCAUUAGGCACUCUCCUUUUUAUAUGCCUGAAGGUUUGGAUGAGGGAAGGACUGUUAAACUUGCUACCAGUCCUCAUGUAAAAUGUCGAGUGGACAUUAAACCUGAUGAGGCAGCUUUGCAGCAACGUGGUCAAAAGUCAUCCAUUACAAAGAUGGACAUACCAUCGCAUAGGUAUACCAGUAAUGGCAGCCAAGGUCUUAGAGUACCUCCCCAUGGCUCCACCUUUAGACCGCCAACUCCCACCGAAUAUUUUAAAGGUGAAUAUACACCUACCUAUCAGUAUUCUCAAAGUAUGCCAACCAGUAACAUGUUGCCAUUAAAGACUCCACCACACAGGAUACCUUCCCAAUGGGAGAUGAGACCAUAUGGAAGGGAGAGAAGAGCUAAGUCAAACCCCAAUGUGCCAACUAAAUUCUCCAAUGUAGACAAUUUGGGGAAAUAUGAAUCUUCACCUUCCAAAAGAACGUACUAUCAGGAUGAUUAUUUUACCAUUCCUACCCAAAGCUUCUCUCCUAAAUUACAUUAUUUCCAAGAUAAAAAAACUCAUGUGGUUCAUACUAUACCUGACAGGCCAUAUAUCACAGAAGGAGGUCUUUAUAAUACUGACCCAGCACAGUACAUAAUACAGACACCACCUGCACGAACCUUAAUUGAGGAUGAUCCUAGGACACAUCAGGUUCAAACAGUUCCUCCUAGGAUUUUUUAUGUUGGUGAUCCCUUUGUACCUGCAAUGGAAAGUUACAUCCCAGCUCAGGUAUACUACACAGAGGACAGGCAUCAUACAAACAUGGUUCAGCCAAAAUCAAAUGAUUUUUAUGGCUCAGAUGUGUCUGGCUUUUCUACACCCUAUCCUUCAUACACACCUAAUGUUACACUGGCAAAAGUUAGACAAGAGUCUAUGUCUACCCCUUGGUACAGUAACCUGUGUAUGGAGACAAGAUCAGUAACUGACUCAAGGACUCACUCAAGGUCUUGGGACAAUAUCCUCAAUACUCAUGUAGCACAGGAACAACCUGUGUCUCAUGGAAAAAGUGAUGAAAAUCUCCUAUAUCAAAGGAGACAAACUUCAAUAAAUGACAGACCAAAACCUGUGGUGGUAAAUCUGUCAAGUUCACCUCGACGUUAUGCAGCUUUAUCCUUGUCUGAUAAUUCCUUGAUUGAGAAAAACCCAGUUGAUACUAAGAGAACCUCAAGCAAACACUGGUAUGUUACUCCGGAAAUUACUAUUACAGACAAUGAUAUCAAACCUUGCAAAGGCUAUAAGGCAGAGGUACGCUCAGCCAGUUGGGAUGUGCUUGAUUCUAAAAUUGUUCCAGAUGAAGAUGCUGCUUUCCUUGAGACAAUUCCCAUUUCAACUAAAGAUAAGACCUAUCAUAGCACUUCACUCCAACAAAGCUUAGAACAACUUGACAAGCUUUUAGCUGACCUGGUUGUUGAUUAUAAACACCCCUCUAGUAUACAGGCCAGUGAAGCUGUGAUGGAUCAAUUCAAGCAUAUUGAUGAAGAAGCAGUAGCAUCAGGAAGAAAGACUUCAAAGCCAGUAUAUGAGAUUAGCAUGUCCUGUGACAAACCAUCAACAUCCAUAACAACAGAUCCUCACACCAUAAGAGACACUGAGGUGAGAUGUGAUGGCCUGCAAAAUAAUAAGGACUGCUCUCCUGACCAGAGUCCAGAUGAGGAUGAGACAAUGAUGUGUUCCAACAAUAAAUGUCGUCGGACAGAGACAUUGUUUAAUGCUUGCCUCUACUUUAAAUCCUGCCACAGCUGUUACACUUACUACUGCUCUCGCAACUGCCGCAGAGAGGACUGGGCUAUUCACAAGGAGAGCUGUCUGUAUGGAAGAAUCGGCAGUAUAUGUCGCCACAUUAUUAAAUAUUGUAGAGAAACCUCAGAUGUCCACAAAGCUUUCUCACGUAUAGCCAAAGUGGGAUACCUGUCACGAGGAAAAGGGGUGUUGUUUUUGAGCUUUCCAAACCCAGGAUCAUCAACAAAUUUCCUUCAGUAUGGCCUAGAAAGUCUUUUAAUGUCUCCAACAUAUCUGUCCAUACGUGAACUAGAUAGUUACAUGGAUAACCUUGGAGAUUAUUGUAAAGAGCUCCAGGAUGCAGGCAAGGACUAUGAUCCAAACGAAUGUUUUCUCUUGAAUGUAUCCAUUGCUGUUGGUGAAGUGCCUGAGAGAUCACAACCAAGGGUAAAGGCCCCAACAGUUAGGAAGUAUGCAAAGGUUGCUUUGGCCUCUUACAGCCCAGAAAGGAGUGUUCAUGGGAAAGAACGUGAAAUGGAGACUUUGAUACUUACUCCACCACCAGGUACAGCUGAUAUUGACAGGGAAGGUGAAGAGGGGAGAAAAGCUAGAGAGAUUUGUUUCAUUAAUAUUCAACGGGAACUAAGAAUUCGUGGAGUGUUCCUUCGCCAUGAAUACCCCCAUGUGUAUCAGAAACUGUGUGAGUUUGUUGAGAGCAACAGAAGGUUUACUCCUACCAGUAUUUAUCCCAUUGACAAGAGAACUGGCAAACAGUUCAUGUGCAUGAUAAUGGCAGCUUCUGAGCCACGGACUUUGGAUUGGGUUGCUACCCCUCAUCUUCUAGAUGAUAUUAUUUAAAUAAAUGCACCUAUAUAUACAUUAUAUAGUUAUUUAGUUAUGUGUGACAGAUGUAAAUACAUAUACAAAACUUAUAUUAUUUUGUUAUUUAAACAUGUAUUAAUGCAUCUAAUAUAGUAUUACAUUGUUACAAAAAAGGAAACCACAAACUAUUUAUUGACAUUUUUAUUGACAUUUUGCUACAAUGGGUAUCAUGACUCCUUGCCAAUCAGUGCUACUUUCAGGAAGUCACUAAAUCAGUCAUAACUCAACAAGACUACCAAAAAUUACCCAAAAAGACAAAUUUAAAUGAUGUAUUGUGGCUAAAUCAAGUAUUUGCACACUGUUACUUCAUAUAAAAUGAAUUGAAGAAUAAAAACACAAGCAACUGGAUCAUACUUCGAUAUUUUGUAAUGAUAGAUAGAAAGACAGACAGAGGCUAUGGCCAAAAAUAUGGGGACAUCUGAACUGAAACCAUGGGCAGUCAUGUGGAGUUGGUCUUUCCCUUUGCAACCCAAAUAACCUCCACUUUUCUUGGAAGACUUGGAAUAUUUUGGAUUGUUUCUGAGAAUUUAAGCCCAUUAAGUCAGAUGAGCAUUUGUGAGUUCAGGCUUGCCUUUAACAUUUCAGUUCAUCUCAAAAUGGGUGCAGUGGGAUUGAGGUCACUUGUCAAAAUUGUCAAACCAUGCCUUUUAUGAUCUUUGCUUUGUUCACAUAGGCAUUAACAUUCUGAACAGGAAAGGGUAUAUCCUAAACUCUUCAUAUAUAUUACUAUUACCCUUCACUUGAAGCAAUCUAUUAUCUCUUCUCUACCAAAUCCAAUUAUUGUCUGUCACAACCAGAUCAGACUCCCAGAAAGUGAAGCAUGAUUUAUCACUCAAGUGAUUUUCACCGCUCCACUUGAUGCUUGGCAUAGUGCAUAGUAAUCUUAGACUUGUGUUAAUUUCACAAUAAUACAAAUUACUGUUGAUGGGGCAGAUCUAGCAGGGCAGAAAUUCCAUGUACUGACUUAAGGCAACUUAUAAGGUGGCAUCCUAUAACAGUACCAAGUUUAAAGUCACUGACAUCUUCACAGUAUGGAUUAUUCUACUGCUAGAUUUUGUAUAUGAAUAUUGCAUGAUUUUAUGUACCUGUUAGCAACUGGUUGUGGCAAAAACACCUGAAUGGAAUGAUUGAGCGGUAUCCACAUACUUUUGGCCAUACAAUAAACAUAGAUGUGGUGACUUUGAAGAGUAAGGUAUUUGGAGCCUGGAAAAAGUAUGUAUCAAAUGUUAAAAAAAGCUCUCAAUGUUAACAAUGGUGCAUUUCUAUUUGUUUUAUAGAUUAUCUUGAGCCAUGAUUGACUUGAAAACAAUUAUACUGAACAAAAAAAACCCUAAUUGCCUCAACAAAUAAUUUUUGCUGCAUAGUGGGUUACAUUUUUUCUAUUUCUCUUCCAUUUUAAAAACUGCAAAAUUAAUUUCUUGCAUGUUAUGAACAUGAUCCCUAUAAACUAGACUUAGAAAUACAUUUAAACCAUUAUCAGCAUGCUAUGUGCACUUAGAAAACAGUGUUUGUAAAUCUAUUUUUUUAUCCUGAUACAAUGAUAUAUUUUUAAAAUAUCACGCCUGCGUGUGAAAGUUUUCAGUCACCAAGUAAUUUAAUGUUUCAAGGAAUAAGUAUUGAGAGAUGGACUUGAUAUUCAUGAUGAUAUUUUGCUAAUCCCUGCUAUUUAUAAUCUGUAAAUAUCUGUGAAAUUAUAUGAUGUUGUAGUCUUAACUGGUAUGAAACUAAUGAAGUUGCAAAUUACUAUAUUUGUGUGUAAAACCCAUUUGUAUGAAGAAGAAAAUUAGUUAUUUAUCGUGCAUGUGCAUACACAACUGUAUGCAGUGGCCAUUGAUAAAUCUCACCAAUUAUAAAUUGCUUGUUCAUGGUAACAUAAUUUGCAUAAAAACCCUCAAAUCACCAUCUAUGAUUAAAAAAAACAAACUGUUCCCUCAAAAUAGCACAGUAGCCUGCUAAUGGUAAUGCUUGUUUCAAACGACAUGGAAAAUGUCUAAAGAUGAAAUAAUGAUAUUGUUGUAUAAAGUAGAACAGAAGCAAAAUGGUUUAUUUUAUUAUUGAGUAGUUCAUCUGUCUGCAUUUUGUGGCCACUGAAAUCAGUAAUUACUCAUUCUUGAUGAUAUGACUGACAGCAUAUUUCAAUUCAAUUUAUUUGUAUAGCACUUUUAACAAUUCACAUUGUCUAAAAUCAGAUUUACAGAAAUAUAGAAACAGAGAAAGAAAGAAAUCCAUGAAUUGAAACUUAAAUUUUAAAUAAAUAUUUUUUAAUUAAUUUUAAAAAUACUAUGUAUCUCUAACAUCUAUCCCUAUUGAGCAAGCUAGAGGUGACGGUGGCAAGGAAAAUCUCCCUGAGAUGAUAUGAGGAAGAAACCUUCAGAGGAACCAGACUCAGAAGGGAACCCAUCCUCAUUUGAGUAACACUGGACAGUAAAUAAUGUAAAUGUAAAUAAUGUCCUUUCUACAACCAUUUAUA